GCAUGCCGCGUGCUCAGACCGAAAGAGGUUAUGUGCAAUCAGCAGUGAGCAGACAUCGCGCGAUGUGUUUCAGUUAUCUAACCUCGUCAAAGUGACAAUUUUACUAGCAGUGAUAAUUAAUUAAGAGAAAAUUAUAGGAGCGACGUUUUCUUUAAUUAUCCUAUUCUGUAUUUUCAUCCUAUUUAAUAAUUCUCAUUCACAUGCUGUGUAAAUCAAGUUUCGCAAAGGGUAUUAAUUAAUUGAAACACUGGAGUGAGCCACGUCAGGAUGGGACGAAUGGGAGACCAGGAUAGCGAUAACGUUGCAUUUGAUCUUCAGAAAGGACAUGAUGUCGAUAUCCAAAACAAGACAAGUCGGAAAACGCACAAAUGCAGUUAUCCUGAUUGCAAUGCUGUGUUUUUACGACCUUCCAGAUUGGAGAGGCAUAUGCGGUCGCAUACAGGAGAGAGACCCUACAAGUGUAGCCAUCCGGGAUGUACAAAAUCGUAUACGAAUUCAUCCCAUUUGAAAAGGCACGCGGAAACGCAUAAUCCUGUGAAGAAAGUAUACAAAUGCACAGAAUGUCCGUUGACAAUUAGCAAUUUCCACGGUAUGAAACGUCAUUACACGCGGAUGCAUGGCGACAAGAAGAUCACCUGCAAGGAGUGCGGCGAGACUUUCAACAAAAAACAUCAGUUUGCCAAGCAUCAGGCAACUGUACAUUCGGCAAACGUGGUCUACAAGUGCAACAAGUGUAAUAGAAGUUACCUGGAUUUCCUUAAAUACACCCGGCACCGAAAGGCACACAAGACUUAUUCCUGUCCCGAAUGCUCGAAGGAGUUUGAUAAGUUUACGCAUCUACGCACGCACAGAACACAACAUAUAAGAAAUUAUACAUGCGACACUUGCGACAAGGUGUUCUUUAGCAAAUACGGACUGAGAAAGCACUGUAAAAUACAUCUUGAGGACAGAUUAGUUCUGCCAUGCCCGUACGACAAUUGUCAUCGGUUCUACCAUUUCAAAUCUAAUUUGGAGUCGCAUAUGAGGAUUUUUCAUCUCGGAGAAAAAUUUUAUUGCGACAUAUGCUCCAUGGGACUUACGUCGAAGCAGAGAUUGAUAGAGCAUAUUCAACGUCAUAACGAACCCAAGAAGAGGAAGAUAAGUGAGGUGCAUCGAAAAAAGCGGAAGGAUGCUGGUGUACCAAGGAGAAGCGCGCUGUCUGCUUUAAUUGGGGUGAACUUGCCACAUGAUUUAGAGAAGAUGGUUAUGUCACGAGAAACACGGAUAAAUGAUACAGCGACAACAUUGGAAGUGUCUUGAUAAAUAUUUAAAUGAUAGACCAAACAAUUAAAUUUCAAUAGAUUCAUCAUUCUAUAUUCCUUGUAAUUAAAUUAACUAAAGAUGUAACGUUCGUUUCAUCUUUAAACAUAGGUACCAGUGACAUCUGGUACUACUUAAAAUCCAAAAUAAAUGGAACUGAUAAAAAAGAAA